CUGCAGCCAUUGCCAGUGUGCCUUUGCCUUGGCUGACACCUCCUUCGGACCAUCCGGCCAAUCAGAGUGCAGCUGCUUACACUGAAGAAACAUGAUCGUUUUUUUCACUCUAUUGCUCCUUUCUCUGAGCAAGUGAAGGUAGCAGGAGUGGGAGCAACCAAAAGAAAGAGUGCGCGAUAGAGGAGGAGGGAGGAGGGAGAGAGAGUGAGAGAGAGAGAGAGAGAGAGAAGGCUGCAGACAGCGGUAGGGAAAUAGCUUCUUGCACAGAACGUGAGCGAAUGGUGAUUGUACGGGCUUGUGCGACUUCCACAACUGAAAGGAAGGAGGUUUGGAGCCCCCCGAGGAUCUCAAGGAUGCCAUGUCAGGGUGUGUGAGGAGGGUGUGUACCUGGAUUAGAUUCCCGGGACCGUCAGGAAAAGAAAACCAAACACUGGCCCAUCCAAGAAUUGCAAGUGCAUCCGUUCUCCCAUGCUGCCGGUUUCCAUGGUGUUGAGGAUCUGUAGCGGUGGUCUGCAUAAUCUCAGCACCCUGGCCAGGGGAACUUACUUGUCACCCCAUCGCCAAGUCUUCGCCUGCCUAACUUAACUCCCAUCAAGGAAGCAACACCAGGACUUUACCCUGAAAACCAAACAGAUCCCCGACUUACAGAAAACUUUCGGAUUGUGAAACUUGAGGACAUUAAUCAGAAGAACAAGGUUGGAUAAAAUAAUAAGUGAAUGGACUGCUGAAAUGAGUGACGGAAAGAUACUUCCUUGAUUGUCACAGGGGAACAUUAUUUGUAUUUUAAAGUGGAGCAACACUUGAACUAUGGAGGUGGAAGGACCUUUCAUUUAGGAGUAACUUAGUACCUUAUCUGGCAUGACAGCUUUCAUGAAUGAAAUUUAGCAAACACCCAUCCUAAGAAACCCCACUGGAGUAUUAAGAAAAAUGGAGCCACAUGAACCUACUGUUGGCCAAAAAUGCACCAAGGAGCAACGGGAAAAGAACCCCUUACAAAGAAAAUGGGUCUCUGAGCCAUCUGCUGGAACGAAAAGAAAUACCUUUGCAGAUACAGAUAUUAAAAGGCAUUCACAUCGUGAACAAAGUCUUACAAGUGGUACAAACCUUUCUAGUUCAACUCAAAAGUAUAGUUCAGGAAAUCUGAUGUCAUCUACAGUGACACACUCGUCACAAGAAGGUCAAUUUCAACAGGUCUUUCCUCGGCCUUACCCCUACCAGCUGCCACAUUCAUACCCACAGGAACCUUUCCUUGGUGGUACAAAGCCACAACCAGAGUUACAGGCCCAUGCCUGGUCUUUCUCUGGUCAACUGCAAUCUCUGCCUCCAGAUGAUAUGUAUCCGGUACACUCCCGCUCUCAUGGAGUAUUUCCUCGUCAUAAGUCUCCAGCUGGUUUUGGCCAAUUUUCACAAUCUGGACCUGAGCAGCCAGAUGAAAGUCAUAAGAAGGAACAAAAACCCAAGAAGCCAGGAAAGUACAUAUGUCACUAUUGUGGAAGAGCAUGUGCUAAACCCAGUGUGCUGAAAAAACACAUUCGAUCCCACACAGGGGAGCGUCCUUAUCCUUGUGUUCCAUGUGGUUUCUCAUUCAAAACCAAGAGCAAUUUGUAUAAACAUAGAAAGUCGCAUGCUCAUGCCAUCAAAGCAGGACUUGUUCCAUUCUCUGAGCUAGCAACUCGAACAGACACUGAUCAAGCAUCAUCAGUUGGGGAAGCAGAGGCACACUCUGAUGGUGAACAAAGCACUGACACUGAUGAAGAAACUGCAGAAGGUGCAAUGUUCCCUGAAAAAUGUAGCCCGCAGAUAUCAUUUGAGUCAGAAAAGAGCCCAAUGGAAAGGGGACCAGCAUAUGCAGAUCCAGCAGAGGAAUUGUCAGUGGCAUCUAUGAAAGUGCCUAUCUUAAUUGUUCCAAAACAAGGGCUGCCAUCACCUGCUACAGAGUGCCCCCCAUUUACAGACAUUAAAGGGUCAGUUAUUGGUGGACAAAUGGGCAGAGGAGAUGAGUCUCAUACGGUUAAACAGAGACUUGCCUUAAGACUCACUGAGAAGAAAGACCUGGAUUCAGAGCAGUCUCAAAAUCUACUGAGCCCCCACAGCAAAGGUAGCACUGAUUCUGGUUAUUUUUCUCGCUCCGAGAGUGCUGAACAGCAGAUAAGUCCACCCAACACCAAUGUAAAGACUUAUGAAGAGAUAAUGUUUGGAAGAACUUGGUACCAUAGAACCAACUCAAGAUCUAGACAAUCAGUCACAGUUGGGAUGGUAGCAAUUGCUAGUCAAGACACUAAUAUCAACAAGUCUAGUGCCAUGCAGGAGUUGGCAAUGGGAAAGAUAUCAGAGGGUCAUGUGUUUUAUCAAAGUGAUUGUGCAGAAUCCCAUUUAAUCCCUGGAUGUGACCCGAAGCAUUAUCAUGCUGGCCCUUGCCAAACCAGCACAGGUCUUCUAGAAGCACCCUCUGAUUCAGGGCCACUUAUACGAAGUAAUUCAAUGCCAACACCUUCCCCAACCAACCUCAAUGUACCACCAAAUCUAAGAGGGAGUCACUCAUUUGAUGAGAUGAUGACUCAAGAUGACGUCUUUUACACAGGAGCUGCAGGUCUAAAAAGAUUGAGGAGACAGAGCGCAUUUGAACACUCUGUUCAGGAAGGGCAUGGAGAGUCCGAAACCUAUGGGAAGAUCACUGGUCCAAACUCAAGUUUGAGGGGGCAUUUGAUGCCAGAAUUGAAAGGUUCUGGCUCAGAGAUGGCUUGUCCGGAAGUACGCACAGCUUACACUUCAUAUGGUACAAAGGUGGGAAUGACAGAGUUUACCACAAGAAAACGUCGGAUGAAAAAGAGUGUCGGUGAAGAGGAAGACUGCCUUGGACAAGAUGAUGGCAGCCGUAGUGGUUCUACUGAAAUGGCAGAGGACUAUGACUUAAGGCAAGGAAGUCAAGAUUCUUCCAAGGCUGUUCCACCUAAUAAGGGGUCCGUUUUUAGAGCACAUAGCCCUUCAGACAGUUUUGAUAGAAGUUCAUGUAUGACACCAGAGGAUGUGGUCCAUGUUCAAGAUUCAGACACAAAGACUGGUGGAAAUGUAAUUUCUGUCAUUCAACAUACUAAUUCGUUGAGCAGGCCAAACUCAUUUGAGAAGACUGAAUCAAUAGAACACCCAUUUUAUCAGCCAGAUAAGCAUGCUGGACAUCUUUCUGAGCAAUCAGACACAGAAAAUAUUGAUGAUGUGCAGAGCCCUGAUUCUCAUCAUAGAUCAGAAAGCAUGGAACAUCAGCAGCAGGGUGACAAUGAACAGGGAUCUUUCUCUUCUAACACACUUUAUCAUAUGCCCCACAAACUUGUACGUCAACCAAACAUUCAAGUGCCUGAAAUAAGAGUUACAGAAGAGCCUGACAAACCAGAAAAAGAACCUGAAGUCCCAGCAAAAGAACCAGAGAAACAUGUUGAAGAAUUUCAGUGGCCACAACGAAGUGAAACAUUGUCCCAGCUCCCUGCAGAAAAGCUACCUCCAAAGAAGAAACGUCUGCGUCUUGCAGAUAUGGAGCACUCUUCUGGGGAGUCCAGCUUUGAGUCCACUUGUACUAGUCUGUCAAGAAGCCCUAGUCAAGAAAGUAACUUAUCUCAUAGUUCAAGCUUUUCAAUGUCAUUUGACAGAGAGGAAAGCAUCAAAUCUGUAUCCCCAACUAAACAAGAUGAAUUUGCUAAGCAGUCUGAGUUCUUAACUGUUCCAGGAAGUGGCCAUUCUCUGUCAAUACCAGGCCAUCAUCAAAGAGAAAUGCGACGUUCUUCAUCAGAGCAGGCACCCUGUGCUUUGCCCACUGAAGUACCAGAAAUACGUAGUAAGUCAUUUGACUAUGGAAGUCUUUCAACUGGGUCGAGACAAGGAGAAGUAUAUGCAAGUGCUUCAGCUAUGAAAGAGCGAAGACGAGGUUACCUUGUUAGGCAAGCAUCACUCAGUGUUUAUCCUGAAUUAGUGGUUCAAGAGCCAAUUUCAGAGUUGUCUAUCAAACAAGAGCAUUCUGACCAUGUUUCUCAAGCUGGUUUAACUGGUACAUCCUAUUGUGUGGCUAAUGACUUGCCAAGACCCAGAAGAGGUACACAGUCGGUUCUCGGAUCACAUAUCUUGCUGCAACAAAGCAUCAGCGAGGACAGUCAAUCUGAGGAUCAUUUCCAGAACACUCCUCGCUUGCCUGCACAGCUUUCUUCAGAUAGUGAACAUUCAGUGCAUGAGCACAUGACCCAAGAUUUAUUUCAGCAUUCUUCACAUCAGAGCAGCCUGGCAUCCUCACCUUUCUUGCCAUUUCAACCGAUGCUCUGGCAUCCUGAAUCAACACAAAGAAACAAGCAACACCUUGCAUUCCAGCCACAUAAUUUACAAAAGCUACAUAUCAAACAGCCAAAUCUACAGCCUUUUCUUCAAAAACCAUACCAACCUCCUCACCAAAUUCAAGUGCAAACAGACUCAAAAACUGAUGGGGCAAGUCACAACUAUCCAUAUCCCUCAAGAGCCUCCCCACAGCAGCUUGGGGUAUUGUCAUCUAAAGUACUGACUACAAGCUUCCUACAACAAGUUCAGCCUACUUUUGCAACUCAAAACGUAGGUUCACAACAAUCACUCCCUGGAAUGCUGGUCCCAGUCAGGAUCCAGACAAAUGUGCCAUCUUAUGGUAGUGUUAUGUAUACAAGUGUUUCACAAAUCCUUGUCACUCAUGCUCAGAGCACAACUUCUGUCAGAGUUAUAUGCACAGAUAAUGUGUCGACUGCAUCAAUAACAGGCACUGCAUCAAAGCACCAUGUAGGCAUCAAUUUAUCAAAAAUAUUAGGACAUUCAGGAGGGUCUAUAAAUUUUCCAAUGUGGAAAGUUCCUGAAUAUUUACCCGGAAGCCUUAAUACAGGAAUUCCUUUGUCUUUGACAUCAGGGACUAUCUCUACUACAGAUGCUUCCUCUAAUAUUGGGGGGAGUAAGAGAAUGUUGUCGCCAGCAAGCAGUCUUGAGCUUUUUAUUGAAACCAAACAACAGAAACGGGUCAAGGAAGAGAAGAUGUAUGGCCAGAUUGUGAAGGAGCUUAGUGCAGUUGAACUGAGCAAUUCCAGUGCCCCAAAAGACGAGUCCACUAAAGCUGAAUUUUCAAAGAGAGAUGACUCCAUAGAUGAGCAAGAGAGGAUGUCCUCGUCUCCACCAUCUGACUUUUUGUCAUCCAAAUAUCUUGGGUACCCGUCUGCACCUCAUUUACCUGAUGUGCCACCAAAAGACAACUUCAUUCCACCCUUGCAAAUCAUUACAAAUGUGACUAGCAGAGCAGAUUCCCCAGAGGAGCUUGAUGUUGAUGAAUCUACACCAGAGGCAAGCUCAAGCCCACAAUCAGUAAUGUCUUCAAGUGAUACUCAAGAAGAAUCCAAACAGAGCAUGGGUAACAAGUUUCCAGUAAACAUGCUUGUGCAGCUAGCUGCCAAUCAAGGCGGUGGAGUUGUUGGUAGCACACUUAUGCUGACUGACUUGGCAGAUGUCCAUCAGUUUUUUCAAUUCCCAAGUCUUCGCACACCAACCAGUGUCAGCUGGUGCUUCUUAAAUUAUACCAAACCAAAUUAUGCCCAUACAACUCCCCUAACCUCUGUGUAUGGUUCUUGGUGCAUCAGCUCCUACAACCCCAAUCCACUGAACCUCAGCACCAAGGCAACUCUGGCACUUCUUCGAUCAAAACAGAGGAAGAAUACAGAGAUGUACACAAUGGCUGCUAUGCACCAACCUGGCACUGGAAAAUUGGUUUCAUCCUUGCGGUGGAAACAGAAGUUUGAGCAGUUGAAGCCAGAGCAUAUACAGUUGGAUGUUGGAAAGUUUGCUAAGAAAAUGAAGGGAAUUAGCUCAAGAGACAGGGGGAAAGAGGACCAUGGAGAAAAAGAUGCUUGUUCAAAACAGGCUGAACCCACUCGCAUCAAAAUCUUUGAAGGAGGGUACAAAUCCAAUGAAGACUAUGUUUAUGUGCGUGGCCGAGGCCGAGGAAAGUACAUCUGCGAAGAGUGCGGGAUCCGCUGUAAAAAACCAAGCAUGCUGAAAAAACACAUUCGCACACACACAGAUGUCAGGCCAUAUGUCUGCAAGUUCUGCAACUUUGCUUUUAAAACAAAAGGAAAUCUUACAAAACACAUGAAGUCAAAAGCUCACAUGAAAAAGUGCUUAGAGCUUGGAGUAUCAGUGACUUCGGUGGAUGAAACAGAGGCAGAAGAACUAGACACUACUGAGGAGGUCCAAAGAGGAUCAGAGAAGAAGGGCAUGUCAGAGAUAAUGGCAGAGCACCAGUUCUCUGAUGCUGAUGAUUCAGAGGGUGCUGAAGAGGAUGGUGAUGAAGUUGAUGAAGACGAGGAUGAUGAUGAGGAGUAUGAGGGUGAUUCAACACCGAAAACACGCUCUCGAAGCACAAGCCCACAGCCAUGUUCCAUCCCCUCACUCGCCAUCACUGCAAUUGCCGCUUCACAGGAAUCUAUCCCAGAGGGUUUGGCCAUCUCCAAACAGCCAAUUUUCACUUACUUCACUAGUUUGCCCAGUAUUCAGAUCACUCAGCUCAUGGCACCCAGUGAGAAAGCUGGAGAAAUCCAGAUGGCUGAAUACCAGAAGCUCCUUCAAGGGGCUCUGGGUGAAGAUCACAAAAACAGACUGGAUGUGCCUAGCUCUAUGGAUGAAGACCUGGCUCUCUCUCCAGAACACAGCUCAUCCUCCUUUGAAUUCUCAUGCUCCCGGCUGUCUUCACCAGGCUGUGAUUCCUCCCCCCUUCGAGAAAGCUCACCUUCCUCUAGGCGGUAUCUGUCCCCUCGAAGGGACCUCUCCCCACGUGGCCGUUUGUCACCAAGGCGAGAAGCAUCUCCCCUUAGGCAUAUCUCCCCCAGGCGGGAUGUUUAUAGAAGAGAUCUGUCACCAAGGAGGGACCUUUCUCCAAGAGGACAUCUCUCUCCCAUCUCCCAAACAGGACGGCCAACAUCCCCAGGAAGGGAUCUCUCUGGCAGACUUUCUCCCAGAAGCCGCAGGGGGAUGAUCAGGCCUGUGUCGCCCAGAAGGGGUCUCCAUUAUCAAAGUGGCCCAUGGGCGCUCAGCCCCAGUCCACAUGCAGAGAUGAUAUCAUUAAGCCAAAAGACCAAGGGCCAUGCAGAACCAGAGAUGGAUCAGCGAAAGACAUCUCAUCUUCAAGAGGAUCCUUGCAACACAGAUGCUCCCAGCAUCAACCAGGGAUUAUUUAGCCACCUUCCUCUGCACUCCCAGCAACAGAUCCGCACUCCAUUCUCUAUGAUCCCCAUCGGCGGCAUCCAGAUGGUCCAUUCUGUGCCCACUUCUGUCACAGGUCGUGCCCACCCCACACGCCUUCCACUACAGAAGAGCACCUCAGAGGAGUCCAGCACCAGUGAGGUGUCCUUCCACCUCUCUGAGGGUAAAGGGCCCACCAGCAAAGGCUCAGACGACUCACCCCAACACCAGGAAAAACCCACGUCCCACAAGGCUCCAUCACUUUCCUCACAAAAGUCACAAGAGGACAGCGCCGAAAUGUCAGACAAGGAGAGCAAGCAAGAAGAGUGCAUCCAAACAUGCACUAACGCAAUAGCGUCACUGUGCAUCGCCUCGGAAGAAACGACGGACAGACCGCCACUUCCCAUUGAUCCUUACCAUCAGCGCACUUUAUUUCAGUCACCCGCAGCUCAGCAAGACUGUGCGGUGAGAGCGCAGCACUACUGCAGCUCAGAGAUCAGCCACCCCCUACACUCCAGAGCAGAGAGCAGUGUGUCUGCCACAUCAAAGACUCCCACAGCAAGCCAUCCCACUCUCUACAACACAGAGACAGCAGAGCGAGUGUCUGGCCAACAGAGUCGUGGAGAGAGGCCAGCAACCAUAAAGAAGAGCAAAGAUUCAAAAGACAAUAGGUGAACAAGGUCAAAUGAGAGUGGUAUCACAGGUUUUAUAUUUACACAUGUAUAUCCAUGCAAACAAGAUCAGUCUAAAACACAAGUGAACUGAUUCAGUGGUUUCGAUGUACAUUUAUAGCAUGCCUUUUAUAAGAUGGUUUGCUAUCUUAACUAUAAGGACUUUCUUAUUUAAAGUUUCAAAGAAUAUAUA